GCCUCAAACUGCUGGUCUGUGAGCAGCCUUUGUGUCCUUUUAUACCAAGCAUACCUUUUGUCCUUUGCUCACCUUCAAGCAUCAAAUGCCUGGAUGUGUUUCCUCCAGGAGGGUGGAAGGGUCGUCCCAAGGUGAGGCUCUCUGCUGAGUGUUUGUUCUUUCCCUUCCAGGUUUGUCACCUCCUGGUGUGAGAUUAAAAAACCCACACACGCAAGAGGGCUCGGCUGCUGGGAACCACCUGUCAACCCCAGAGCUGGGUGGCACCUGCAGGAAUUUAUAAAAGGGGGCAACGGGAAGGAGACACUAUUUACUUGGUUGUGCGGUGCCUGCAUCAGCCACGCGUUUCAGAUCUGCUGGUGGGUCGCAGAAGCAACCAGGCCCAAAGGGAUCGAGAUGGGGAAAGCGGACAAGUACGAGAUGUAUUCAGUGGAGAUGGAAAAACAGUCCGAUGGGGACAUGGAAGUAAAGAUCAAGAAGAAAAAGAAAGGGGCGCAGAAGAAAGAGAAGCUGGAGAGCAUGAAGAAAGAGAUGGAUGUGGAUGAUCACGAGUUGUCUGUGGAAGACCUGGAAAUAAAGUAUCGGACCAACACUACCAAGGGUCUGAGCAGCACAGUGGCAGAAGAGGUUUUCCUUCGCGACGGCCCCAAUGAACUGAAGCCCCCCAAGGGCACUCCCGAGUAUGUCAAAUUUGCCCGCCAGCUGGCCGGCGGCCUGCAGUGUCUCAUGUGGGUGGCCGCCGCCAUCUGCCUCAUCGCCUUUGGCAUCCAGAUGGGACAAGGAGAUCUCACCAGCGCUGACAACCUCUACUUGGCUAUUGCCCUCAUUGCGGUGGUGGUCGUAACUGGUUGCUUUGGCUAUUACCAGGAAUUCAAAAGCACCAACAUCAUUGCAAGCUUUAAGAACCUCGUGCCACAGCAAGCCACGGUGAUUCGAGACGGGGACAAGUUCCAGAUAAAUGCCAAUCAGCUGGUGGUGGGCGACCUAGUGGAGAUCAAAGGGGGAGACCGAGUCCCAGCAGACAUCAGGAUUAUCACCAGUCAAGGAUGCAAGGUGGAUAAUUCCUCUUUGACGGGGGAAUCGGAGCCCCAAACCAGAUCUCCGGAAUGCACCCACGAGAGCCCCCUGGAAACCCGGAACAUUGCCUUCUUCUCCACUAUGUGCCUGGAAGGCACGGCCACUGGUAUCAUAAUCAACACUGGAGACCGCACAAUCAUUGGGCGCAUCGCCAGCCUGGCCUCGGGCGUGGAGAACGAGAAAACGCCCAUCGCCAUUGAGAUUGAGCACUUUGUCGACAUCAUCGCUGGCCUGGCCAUCUUCUUUGGUGCCACCUUCUUUGUCGUCGCUAUGGUGAUCGGCUACCCCUUCCUCAAGGCCAUGGUCUUCUUCAUGGCCAUCGUGGUCGCUUACGUCCCAGAGGGUCUGCUGGCAACUGUUACCGUCUGCCUUUCCCUCACAGCCAAACGCCUGGCCCGGAAAAACUGUGUGGUGAAGAACUUGGAAGCCGUAGAGACUCUUGGUUCCACGUCUGUCAUUUGCUCAGACAAAACAGGGACCCUCACCCAGAACCGCAUGACGGUCUCCCACCUUUGGUUUGACAACCAGAUCCACACGGCAGACACCACUGAGGACCAGUCAGGUCAGACUUUUGAUCAGUCCUCCGAGACAUGGAGAGCUCUGUGCAAGGUGGUGAGCCUCUGCAACCGGGCUUUUUUCAAGUCAGGCCAGGAGAGUGUACCUGUACCAAAGAGGAUUGUGAUCGGAGAUGCCUCGGAGACGGCCCUGUUGAAGUUCUCCGAGAUCACCCUCGGCAACGUGAUGGAGUACCGGGAGCGUUUCAAAAAAACCUGCGAGAUCCCUUUCAACUCCACCAACAAGUUCCAGCUGUCCAUCCACGAGCUAGAAGACCCUCGGGACCAGCGCCACCUGCUGGUGAUGAAGGGAGCCCCCGAACGCAUCCUGGAACGCUGCUCCACCAUCAUGAUCAAGGGCCAAGAGUUACCCCUGGAUGAACAGUGGAAGGAAGCUUUCCAGACGGCUUACAUGGAUCUCGGAGGGCUGGGCGAGCGGGUCCUUGGUUUCUGCCACCUGUACCUCCCUCAGAGUGAGUUCCCGCGUGGUUAUAACUUUGACAGUGAAGAGAUGAACUUCCCCACCAGUGGGCUUUGCUUCGCAGGCCUCAUCUCCAUGAUAGAUCCACCGAGAGCCACCGUCCCUGACGCUGUUAUGAAGUGUCGCACCGCAGGGAUCCGGGUGAUCAUGGUAACCGGGGACCAUCCCAUCACUGCCAAGGCCAUCGCUGCCAGUGUGGGCAUCAUCUCAGAAGGCAGUGAAACUGUUGAAGACAUUGCCACCCGCUUGCGCAUCCCUGUGGAGCAAGUCAACAAGCAGGAUGCCCGGGCGUGUGUAGUGAAUGGGGGCCAGCUGAAAGACAUGGAGACUGAAGAGCUGGUGGAGAUCCUCAAGAUGCACCCAGAGAUGGUCUUCGCUCGCACUUCUCCGCAACAGAAGCUCAUCAUUGUGGAAAGCUGCCAGAAGCUGGGUGCAAUCGUGGCAGUCACGGGAGACGGAGUGAAUGACUCCCCUGCACUGAAAAAGGCAGAUAUCGGUGUAGCCAUGGGCAUCGCCGGAUCCGAUGCAGCCAAGAAUGCCGCCGACAUGAUCUUGCUGGAUGACAAUUUUGCCUCCAUUGUCACGGGCGUUGAACAAGGGCGCCUGAUCUUUGACAAUCUCAAGAAAUCCAUUGCCUACACCCUCACCAAGAACAUCCCCGAGCUGACCCCAUACCUGAUCUACAUCACGGUCAGCGUCCCUCUUCCCCUCGGCUGCAUCACCAUCCUCUUCAUCGAAUUGUGCACGGACAUUUUCCCCUCAGUUUCCCUGGCCUAUGAAAGGGCUGAGAGUGACAUCAUGCAUCUGAAACCACGCAACCCUCGGCGCGACCGCCUGGUCAAUGAAGCGUUGGCGGUCUAUUCCUACUUCCAGAUUGGAGCCAUCCAAUCCUUUGCGGGGUUCACCGACUACUUCACUGCUAUGGCCCAGGAGGGGUGGUACCCCCUGAAGUGCGUGGGCCUUCGGGCUGACUGGGAGAAUGACCAUCUCCAGGAUCUCCAGGAUAGCUACGGGCAAGAAUGGACCUUUGGGCAGCGCCUCUACCAGGAAUACACCUGCUACACCGUCUUCUUCAUCAGCAUUGAGAUGUGCCAGAUUGCUGACGUACUCAUCCGCAAGACGCGGCGUCUCUCUGUCUUCCAGCAGGGUUUCUUCCGAAACAAAGUUCUGGUGAUCGCGAUCGUCUUCCAGCUCUGCUUAGGCUGCUUCCUCUGCUACUGCCCUGGGAUGCCCAACAUAUUCAACUUCAUGCCCAUACGAUUCCAGUGGUGGCUGGUGCCACUGCCCUACGGCAUCCUCAUCUUUGUCUAUGAUGAAAUCCGAAAGCUGGGAGUCCGGAGGCACCCGGGAAGUUGGUGGGACAAAGAACUCUACUAUUAAGGAUGGAGCUUUUUUUGCAAAGAGCUGCCUCUUCUUUGCUGCUCUCUUCGUUCACCACCCAGAACAAGAAACGACUGUGCCAGGGAACGGCUUGCCAUCAGCCAGUCAAUUGAGCUGUCUGCGUUUCAUGUCUCCAUAUAAAGCAUCAUACUCCAGGGCCUUGCAGGGAAAGAACUUGCCGUUCAUCAAGCCAUUACUUGGGAUCCUGGAACCCCAGCGAAUGUGACCUUGCAGGAGGGCAGGUUUGACAGGGUCACAUUGGCUAAGAUCACUAGCCAAAAACAGAAGCUGGCGUUUGGCACCGAAUUUUGCUUCGAGAGAAUUUCAGGAUGCUUUUUAAAUGAAUCAAUCGCUAAAGAGGCCAAGUUUCUAGCCCUCAAUGUUGUGGAGGUAAGCUUCAGACCCAUCGGAAAGAUGGCUGAUAAAACUCACAAGGGGUGGGGUAGCAGCAGCAAAGACACAGCAAGAUUUUUAGCUUUGGGGGGCUUUAGCGCCCUAGGAAGUUGUUUCCCUUACUCCUGUGUAGCAGAACCAGAAUAAAUGAUGUAAGAAAAGGGUUGAA